UCUAGGCGCUCGGUUCCUGCUGAUGUCGCUUAAGCUAAUCACCACAGGGUGGGGGUGGCAACAGCACAGCAGUUUUGCUUUUCGGUGCGACGUGGGAUUGGUGUAAUAUGGUAAUGUAGAGGAGGUGCUAGGUUUGGCUCUUGUAUUAUGGUAAGUGUAGAUUACACAAAGGGCCCCCGGCUGAGAGCGCUCCGUCUAGUCAGUUUCUGUCUCUGCAACUGACCAGCGAGAUGUGAAUUUGUCUCUGUCUGGCUGUGGAAAUUAUUUUUCAUGUGGGGGUGUCGUUCGAUAGACCACGCAACCCCCGCUCCAACUCCAGGGAGAACAUGCGCUAAGGCUACCAAAGCCAAGAUGGAAUGAAGGAAAGUAAGACCAGUCUGAUCUGAGAAGGUGCCAAGCAAUCUUCAGUUGGAGCAGCCCUUGCUGUGUUUUCUUCCGAAGCCAGCAACUGCACUUGAGUCGCCAUGGCGACCAAGCAACCCCCCCCUCUAAUGAAGAAGCAUAGCCAGACGGACCUGGUGAGCCGACUCAAGACACGGAAGAUCUUGGGAGUUGGAGGGGAAGAUGAUGAUGGGGAAGUUCAUAGGUCUAAGAUCAGUCAAGUUCUGGGCAAUGAAAUAAAAUUUGCUGUGCGGGAACCCUUGGGGCUCAGGGUCUGGCAGUUCGUCUCUGCCAUCAUAUUCUCUGGGGUCGCCAUCAUGGCUCUCACUUUCCCUGAUAAGCUCUAUGAUGCCGUCUUUGAAGAAGAAUCCAUCAACAGCAAGACUCCCAUCAGACUGUAUGGAGGAGCCCUCCUCAGUCUCUCCCUUAUCAUGUGGAAUGCCCUGUACACAUCUGAGAAGGUCGUCAUCCGUUGGACCCUGCUGACGGAAGCCUGUUACUUUGGGGUGCAGUUCCUAGUUACCACCAUCACCCUUGUUGAGAGUGGCCGGAUAUCCACAGGUGCCAUGCUCCUCCUCGCCAGCCGGAUCUUCUUCAUCCUUAUUACUGUUUACUAUUAUUACCAAGUUGGACGGCGACCCAAGAAAGUCUAAUCUGAGGCUUUCUGGGGGAGGGGGGUCACGGUUUCUGUUAGUAACUUUGCAUUUUUUUUGUUGGUCCCUUUUUGUUCUAAAGCAAUUACCUUCUUUUCCACUUACCAGCAUGAAUCAGUGUGCAAACCCAGUGCUGGCACCAUUGCCAUAUGAAGUGCAGGGGGAGAGUGACCCCUGCAGCCCCUCCCCCAUCAUAUUCUGCCUAGAAAAGGCAAGUGAACACAGCAGGGAAGGCUGACAAGCUGUAAGGACCAGUCAGGCUCAGGGACAAUGGAGGAAGCUGUUCAGUGGAAUCACAAGUUCAGAAACCUUUUCAGCAAAGCACAAAAUGAUAGGAGCACACACAAACUGAAUCCCAAAGGGGAGAGGAAGCAAAGGCAGCCAGCCAAGGACUCAAUCCAGCUCCUGUAGGCUUGGAGCUGUUCAGUUGUCUUGCUCUCACACCUCAAGCCUUGAGCCUUUCUCCCUUUAGUGAGUAGAUUUCAGAACUAAUCUGGGCCAGCCUCCUAAGGCAGGGCUGCUGACACAGCUCCAAUCAGGUAGUGUUGUGGUUUUUAGAGACAACACCCAAUGUAUUUACUCUGUGUUGACAGAUGCUAUAGGAAUGCAGGACACACAGAGUUAAAUACAGCAAGAAAAGAGGGUGGUAUCUUUAGUCCCUUUUCCAACACAGUCCCGUGAAACUCAGCCAAGCUACAUCCAAAUCUUGUGUGGAUCUCUUCAAGGGAGAGUGGUGCAAAAGGAUGGAGAAAACACUUGGGUUUCAUUAGGGGAUACAUGUAAAGAGCUGUUGAAUAGCCUCUAAGAAUGAACAAGCCUCAUUGUCUUGGGAGUUUGGUAUAUGGUCUGGGCUGCUGCUUGUAUUUUUUUUUUCCUCAAUUCUUAUUGCAGUAGUUCCCCUGUGAGUAAGGCUAGUGCGUGCUCUAGCAUAGAGCAGCCAAUGCCACUUUAACCAGUCCCCUACUUCGCUCUAGAUGAGGCCAUGGUUUAAAAUACUCCCCUUAUGUCCUGUCUUUGCUAGAGCACCUAUCUUUGCUACUGCUUGUGGAGCUGUAUCACUGUUAAAAGGCACGUCAAUGAGGACUGCAGGGGGUAAAUGUGUGAAUCUUACUCUAGUAAAGUGAGGGACUAGAUGAGCCAGCUGGUCUUCUCCACUCCUAAUGUACAGGUACCAAUUUCCUCUUGGAUUCAGCAGAAAAAAGGACCAAAUGCUGAGGUCUUGUCUUCAGGAUCCGAUUUGGCUGGGAUAAAGAAUGGCCGAGCAGAGAAAAGUACUUGGUAUGCCUGGAAAGGUUCAACAGGACUUCACUGUUCCCUGACCAUUGCCUCCCAUUGCUCUUGAGGACUUAACCCUGGCUCUAUUGCACUGAUUCUUCUAUGCUUCUAGUGACAAUCCUGGAGAAGAGAGUACCUUCCCCCCCCAAUGCUUUCCAGUACUAUGCUGCUUGUUCUCCACUGGACUGAAAUCUGAAGGAUUAGAUAGAUGGCAUGGACUGAUUCAUGCACCAGCAUGAGCUAUUGGGCUGAACCAGUCUGUGCAUAGGUGUAGAGCUGACAGACAUGGAAUGAACAUGGGCAGGCUCCUGCCUGCUGAGAAUCAGAACUAAAGUGGCUGCUGAAGAACAUUAGGUUUAAGGGCCACAGUAGCCAGAAGAAAAAUCCCUGAUUCAAGUUAACAUGGACAUUCACAGUAAAGCCUAGUGCAUCUUCACUACAGCUCUCCCCCCAAAGCCUGUUUACCUGCUUCAGGUGUUUAUAAACAGCUGCAUGAACUUGGUCUGCUUUGUGCAUUGCAAUGGCUGGGUCAAGUAGGAAUACUGAAAAUAUUGGAGCUGUUACUAAAUGUGAUGACUGGA